AUGGCACAGGCAUCCUCCAACAAACCAAGCUCUGAGGACUUCCUCAAUGCACAAGAGGACUCCAUCAAUCCUGAUUCACCAUGGAACUGCCUCACCAAAUCAACCUUCCUUCAAUACUUCCUCCACCCAGAAUCCCCCUUGCCCAUGCAUGCACCAGCACCACCUGACAGGACUACAUUGAUGUCCUCCAAGCUCAAGAAUUUGUGGAUUAUGUGGACUAUAGGGAGUGGCUCCUGUGGAGUUGCCGGCUGUGCAACGGAUCCACUGCAAAUGGUGGUAUGUCAGCCUCCUGCCCGCAUGGAAUUCAGCAACAGCGAGCCGCGGAACACGAGUCCAUUGGUUGGAAAUGCAGAGAGCAAUAAUACAGGAAUGUGA